AUGAGCUUCCUCAGAUCCAAUCACCCUACACCACCACCCUCGGCUUCGUACUCUCGCGUCCCUCCAUCUCCAAACCAGGGCCAAUACGAUGCACCGAGGAGCGCGCAGCGCAUCCCGCCACCUAGAUACGAAGACUACAAGUCACCGCCUGCCCGCUCUGGUGGAGUGUUUGGUGUCGCAAGCGCUCCCAACGACGCACUUGCGCUUUCGAACUGCAUCAUCGUGCACCCUUCAGACUUUCCGCAAGGCCAGCAUGUUCUCGUGAAGCAGCAGUUCCCUCUCACAACUCGUCAUGACAACACCGGGAAGCUCCUACCACGCACCGUUGGUGCAUCUGCUAUGCAGCGACAAUGGAUCGGGCUCUCUCUGAUCGGGGAUGAAGUGACCGUGGAGCCAAUAACGUUCACUCCGCUAUACCUGCAGUCGCUAGACGUCGAGGUCGGGUUCCUCCGCCGCGGACACGAGAUUGCUGAGACGUUUUCCUCUGACGAGAUGGCGCACAACUUCAUUAAGGCUUUCUCUGGCAUCGUCUUUGCCGUCGGCGAGUUCCUUGUGUUCGAGUUUCAUGGACAGAACUUGAAGGCGACUGUCAAAGGCCUGAGCGUCGUGGAGCUCGCGGACGCGCAGAGGCGUGGGCAGCGACAUCCAGAUUCUACUAAUUGCGGCGUCCUCAUGGAGAAGACGGACAUGACGUUCUUCAAAGCCGGCGACAGCGCGAUUAAGAUCAAAUCUAGUGCAAAGAAGGCGCCGCCAAACGCCAUCCUCGCGCCGAACUUCAAGUUCGAGGACAUGGGCAUCGGAGGUCUCGACUCUGAGUUCAGUGCUAUCUUCCGUCGCGCGUUCGCCUCGCGAGUCUUCCCACCAGGUCUCAUAGAGAAGCUCGGUAUACAGCAUGUAAAAGGUAUCCUACUGUACGGCCCACCGGGAACGGGUAAGACGCUUAUGGCGCGGCAGAUCGGCAAGAUGCUGAACGCGCGCGAGCCGAAAAUUGUGAACGGCCCUGAGAUUCUGAACAAGUACGUCGGGGCUUCAGAAGAGAAUAUCCGUAAAUUGUUCGCGGAUGCCGAGAAGGAGUACAAGGCGAAGGGCGAUGAGAGCGGACUGCAUAUCAUCAUCUUCGAUGAGUUAGAUGCGAUAUGCAAGCAGCGAGGCUCUACAUCGGGAGGCACAGGUGUCGGCGAUAGUGUCGUCAACCAGCUGCUGGCCAAGAUGGAUGGUGUAGACCAAUUGAACAACGUUCUCAUUAUUGGAAUGACGAACCGUCUCGACAUGAUCGACGAAGCGCUGCUGCGUCCCGGGCGUCUCGAGGUGCACAUGGAGAUAUCAUUACCGGACGAGAAGGGCCGAUUCCAGAUCCUCAGCAUCCAUACCGCGAAGAUGCGGAACAACGGUGUGAUGGAGCGCGAUGUCAGCCUGGAGGAGCUGGCAGCGUUGACAAAGAAUUUCUCUGGUGCUGAGAUUAAUGGUCUAGUGAAGAGUGCGACAAGUUUUGCGUUCAGUCGGCAUGUUAAGGUUGGAACACUAGCAGGGAUCUCGGACGACAUCGAAAAUCUCCGUGUAAAUCGGGAAGACUUCAUGAACGCGCUCGAGGAAGUGCAGCCCGCAUUCGGUGUCGCGAAGGAAGAGCUCGAGCAGGUUGUCGAGAACGGCAUCAUUCACUACUCUAGCAUCAUCGACGACCUCCUGCGCUCCGGAGAGCUCUUCGUCGACCAGGUGCGCACGUCGACACGCACGCCACUGGUCAGCGUGCUACUGCAUGGGCCACCCGGAUCGGGUAAGACGGCGCUGGCUGCAACGAUUGCGCAGGCAUCGCAAUAUCCGUUUACGAAACUGCUCUCGCCGGAUAGUAUGGUUGGUUUCUCGGAGUCGCAGAAAGUCGCAGCGAUUACGAAGGUAUUCUCUGACAGCUACAAGAGCCCGCUUAGUGUGAUAGUAGUAGACAACUUAGAACGACUGCUAGAUUUCACUCCCAUUGGACCUAGGUUUUCGAACUCGGUGCUACAAACAUUGAUGGUGCUGUUUUCUCGGCGACCACCAAAGGGUCGUCGUCUGCUUGUCAUCGCUACGUCGUCAUUACGCCCAGUACUUACAGACCUCGGGCUGUCUGAAUCCUUCGACUCAGAAAUGCGCGUGCCGCCGAUCUCGACCUUGCGCGCGGUGGACUACGUCCUGCGGGAGCUCGAGCUGUUCAAGACGGACAAGGAGCGCCGGCAUGCGAUCGCCAUGCUAGAGCAGGCCGGAUUUGGGUCCGCACAAGACGACGCGGAGGAGGGUAUGUUGUCGUUGAAUAUUGGGAUCAAGAAAUUACUGGGGAUGGUGGAGAUGGCGAGGCAGGAGCCCGAGGCCGUCGCAGAGAGGCUGACAGGGGCGUUGAUGGGAUUGGGCAUGUAA